GCAGUAAUUCCAGGAUCACUUCCGGAUUGCUUGUCGUUCGUGGCUACAAGCAUGUUAUUAACUGGUUUACUAUUAGUAAAACAUUCGUAGACAAAGCAAACGUAGUGUUCACAACAUUAUUUGCUACAAUCUGUAGCGUUCAGGAAGGAACCGAUGCAUUAAAUCCCGUCGUCUAACGGGAUCCUCCAUCUAACUUUUGUAACAACAGUCAGCAUUUGGCCCACGCGACAAAAUGGACUCUGAAUUUUCGGCAGCGGACAAUGCAGGUCUCCCUCUCCUCUCCCUCUGCCUCUUGGUUCCACCCAUUCAGCUUAUGUCCGCGUCCAUAUGGCAGGUGGUGCAACAGCGAGAUGCCAUGAAUUAUGCAAUGCUGGCAGAGUUUGUCUCCCUGGUGACAGAGAUGGUCCCUGAGUUGCUGAUCUAUAGGCACAGGGCCCAACUUAUUUUGGGAUUGCGAGCAAGGCACAUUCUGGAGUUGUGUCGCAGUGAGCAUCCUGUAGAACCUCAGGUCAUCUUAACCCAGCUGUACAUGAUUCAACCACUUACCCACUUCAGUAAUGAUGUAAGUGACACAGAGGUGGAGUCGUCAGAGACUCAUUUUCUGGAGCUGGUCCAGACCCUGCUUAAAGACCCUGAUGAGAGAGAGCAUUUUUUCACAGAGAUAUUCCCAGUGGAGUAUGGACCACAAUAUGACAUCGAGCUGCAGACUCUACUGUGGGAGUUCCUGUCCAGAUUGGUUCAACUGUUACCGACCCCUGACCUCGCACAGACAAUGGCAUGGCUCGGUACUGCCCCCUCAGUCUUGGAUGAUUGUGCCCAUGUUAUAUCUCAUCCAGCAGAUCUGAAGAGUCUUCUCCAGCACCAUAAACGUCUUGGACAUUUGGAGCAACAUGUACCCCCCUGCGCCAUGGGCGACUUCAUCCUGUCCUCUCUCUCCAUCCCGCCACACAGUAGAACCAUGAUCAGCACUGAGCAGACCACCUGUGACAACCAGUCAGAACCCUUGGAGGAGUUUGUGGAUGACUUCGAUGUGGAAAUUGUAACUCUGACUGAUUAUGAAGAGGUUGAACUAGGUUUGAGUCAGGAGGAGGUGGAGGAUGGGAACGAUGACGAAGGACAGACCAUGGAGGACAAGGAAGAAGAGCCUAAAGAAACGCCCGCUGAAGAAGUGGAGGAAGAGGAGAAAGUGAUGGAGGACCAUGAAGAGGGGGACUUGGAGAGCAACUCACAUCUAGAAGAAGCUGAGAAUGACCCAGCAUCCUCCCAUCACCAAACAUCCUCUGGGCCCCACAUCUGCUCUGUCUGUGAGAAGAGCUUCAAGUUUGCCUCUGCACUAAUAGCUCAUCAGGUUAUCCAUACAGGAGAGCGCCCGUAUGUGUGCCAUCUGUGUGGACGGUGUUUCUCCUUCAGGCAGUCUCUGGACAGGCACAAACAGACACAUAAGGAUGGGCGCGUUUACGACUGUUUAAUCUGUGGGGAGACCUUUCAGUCCUUGUCAGCCCGCACAGAGCACAAGAAGAGCCAUAUGGAGCAAGGCGCUUACCAGUGCUCACAGUGCCACAGGAAGUUCAACUGGGCGUCGGCCAUGGUGAGACACCUGAAGGCUCACACAGAGGGCACUGAGGUCAAAACGCAGGAACUUACAAAAAGCCUGAAGUCUGAGAAAGAGGAUAUAGGGAUUAAAGAGAUUGUAGGAGAGGUGGCUAUCGAACCCCCUGAAACAGACCCGGUGUUGGAGGAUGGAGGGAAAUCCUGUCACAAUCCACAGGAAGGAGCGGGUCAGUCCACUUCAUCUGAGCCUGCAGUGUUGGUGCCUGGACUUCUGGACAAGGUUGUAACACUUGUCACGGUCCGUACCAGUGGUAGGAAAACAAAACCGACCUUGAAGGUGCAGAUGGUGAACCUGCAGAAGCUCAAGGGAAAGGUCGCCACCCCAAAGAGGACGGAUGGAAGCUUGAUGAACCCCCAGGGUUUCAGACCAUUGCAUUUUAAGAGAGUGACACUGAGACUCCGAUGUUUUUACUUUAAAAUUGAGGAACACUCCUAUGGCUCACCAGUGGUCUCAACAAAGGAAGGAGAUACAGGGUGGUGUCCAUUCAUCAACUCAGACGAGGCGUCCGUCCAGCAGCACAUUGAGACGAACCACUCGGGGGAAGCGCAGGAAGACGCUCCGUCUGCUCCUCACCAAACAGGCCAAGCGGGACACUAUGAUUGCCCAGACUGUAACAGCAGCUACAAGUUUCAGUCCUUACUGAGAUACCAUCGGCGCGUCCACACCGGCGAGCGCCCAUACGUGUGCCCUCAGUGCGGACGCCGCUUCUCCUUCAAGCAGUCACUGGAGAGGCACGGACAGACACACAAGGAUGGGCGCAAGCAUGACUGUCUGAUCUGUGGGCAGAACUUCAAGUCCUUGUCAGCGUACACAGAGCACAAGAAGAACCACAUGGAGAACGGUGUGUAUCGGUGUUCGGAAUGCGACCGGCGGUUCUCCUGGAAGUCUGCGCUGGUCAGACACCUCCGGACUCACACGGAGAACGCCACCGAGGCUGAGCUCUCUUACAAAUGCCCAAGGUGUGACUUGGGAUUCAGCAGUAGUACGUACCUUAACAGGCACCUGCUCACACACCAAGAGGAGAGGUUGCAUGUCUGCAGCUGUGGCAAGAACUUUGCCUACAAGGCUGCUCUGACCGCACACCAGCGCACCCACCUGAAAGAGAGGCCACACCAGUGCAAGCAGUGUGGAAAGGGUUUCCUCUACAAGGGAGGGCUGGUAAGUCACAUGAAGAUCCACUCCCAAGAAAUGCCUUUCAUGUGCUCAUUCUGUGGGAAGAGCUUCAAGAGGGAGAGGAACAUGAAGAAACACGAACGCUGCCACACCAGGGAGAACGUGUUCAGCUGCUCGCAGUGCGACAAGACCUUUGUGUACAAGGCCACACUGACCAGGCACGAGCUAACCCACUCGGGGGAGAGACCGUUCCUGUGCUCCGAUUGUGGCAAAGGGUUUUUCUCCCAUGCGGAGCUUCUAAAGCAUGAGCGCUUCCACACGGGCCACAAGCCGUUCCAGUGCUCCCACUGCGGGAAGCAGUUCACCCAGUCCUGCUACCUGACCAUUCACCUGCGCUACCACACAGGGGUACGGCCUUACUCCUGCACCCAUUGUGACAAGAGCUUUCUCAGCGCCAACCGUCUGAAGAGACACCUGAGAACCCACACAGGAGAGAAACCCUACCUGUGUUCAGAGUGUGGCAAAGGAUUCAAACAGUCAUAUCACCUCAAGAUGCACCAGCAGACUCAUGCCACCAAGAUUUACUGAGGCAUGAUUGUGUCUCUGUCCAGAUUUCAGUCAAAUUAUUUGGUAGAAUGCCAUGGUGAGUUAGCUGUCGACUGUAGACAACCAGGAGUGUUAAAAUAUAAAUACUGAAUAAUAAUAUAAAUUCAAAAUGCAACAAAUUCAAAGAUUUUACUGAGUUACAGUUCAUAUAAGGAAAUCAUUCAAUUGAAAUAAAUUCAUUAGGCCCUAAUCUAUGGAUUUCACAUGACUGGGCAGGGGUGCAGCCAUGGGUGGGCCUGGGAAGGCUUAGGACCACCCACUGGGGAGCCAGAACCAGCCAGUCAGAAUGAGUUUAUCCUCUCAAAAGGGCUUUAUUACAGACAGAAAUACUCCUCCAUUUCAUCAGCUGUCUGGGUGGCUGGUCUCAAAUGAUCCCGCAGGUGAAGAAGCUGGAUGUGGAGGUCCUGGGCUGGCGUGGUCUGCGGUUGUGAGACCGCCAACAACUCUGCCAACAGCUCUGGUGGGCAUUCCUGCAGUCAGCAUACCAAUUGCACGUUCCCUCAAAACUUGACGCUUCAUCUGUGGCAUUGUGUUGUGACAAAACUGCACAUUUUAAAGUGGCCUUUUAUGGUCCCCAGCACAAGGUGCACCUGUGAUCUCCCAUCAGAUCCUUGGGCUCCCGAGUGGCACAGCGGUCUAAGGCAUUGCAUAUCAGUGCUAGAGGCGUCACUACAGACCCUGAUUCGAUCCCAGGCUGUAUCACAACCGGCCGUGAUCGGGAGUCCCAUAAGGUGGAGGACAAUUGGGCCAGCGUCUUCUGGGUUAGGGGAGUUUGGCUAUCAUUGUAAAAUAAGAAUUUGGUCUUAACUGACUUGCCUAGUUAAAUAAUGAUCAUGCUGUUUAAUCAGCUUCUUGAUAUGUCACACCUGUCAGGUGGAUGUACUAUUUUGGCAAGGUAGAAAUGCUCCCUAACACAGACAAACAUUUUUGUGCAUGAAAAUUGAGAUAAUUAAGCUUUUUGUGAGUAUGAAACAUACCUGGGAUUUUUUAUUUCAGCACAUGAUUACACAUUUAUAUUUUUGUUCAGUAUAUUAGUGGUAAUUCCUAAUCUAUAGAUUCAUGAAAUGCAUUUGAAUUCUUUCUAGCUUUCCUCAGCUGAACUACUGUCAUUGUUACUCAUCAAGGCACAUACAGCUCUUCUGUGAGCUGAAUCACUCGUGACACAACUUUGGCCUGGAUUUAAUCUGUAGAGCCCUGGCUGCAAUUAAUCCCAGAAAAAUUUUUGUUUUUGGUUUAUCACAAUGUAGAAGUACUAAAAGAUUUGUGCCUCGUGUCCGUCUGCUAAAAUGCAUUUUAUAUGUAUAGUACAUUGUAUUUUCAUAGAGUUGUAGCUCAAAUGAGUAAUGAAGAGACUUCAAUGAACAAUACAAAAA